GGUAUAUAUACCGGGUAUGAGUUACAAAAAUUAAUUCAACCAGCAAUUUCAGAUUUUUAAUUAGAAAUUUUAUUUAAAAAAUCUAAAAUCAUGUAUAAAUUAAUAGCAAUUGUGGUUCUCAUUACAGUCUCGCAAACCUAUGGUGAGACAGGUGUUUGUUCGUGGUAUGGAGACCUACCUGCCGGUGCUCUCACAGCCGAUGGUGAGGUAUUCAACGAAAACGCCUUGACGGCCGCCCAUAAGACCCUACCGUUUGGGACUAUGGUAACGGCGUCGUGUAAUGGGAAGUCCGUCACCGUUAGAAUCAACGAUAGGGGACCGUUCGUUGCCGGAAGGAUACUGGAUCUGAGCAAAGCUGCCGGUGCUGUGCUCGCUUUGGCUAAUGCUCGUAACAUUAACCAGGCUGGGCUGGAUUUGAUCAAGGUCUCCGAGGGGUUCAGAGCUAACUUUUAUGGCGAUCCAGUGGGAAUCCGUACCAUUGGUUACGGACACAACUGCCAAGCCAAGGGUUGUGACAGUAUCCACGCGCCCAUAACCCAGGCCCAGGGGGAGGCCCUCCUUCACCAGGAUUUAGUGGGUUUCCAAAACUGUGUCGAGAAUGCCGUCCCCUUUGUCAAUGAUAACCAAUUCGCCGCCUUGGUAUCGUUUUCGUUCAAUGAGGGGUGCGGUGCGUUUGAGGGGUCGACCCUUUUGAAGGACGUGAAGGCCAAGAACUACGCGGCCGCCGCCAACGAGUUCGGCAAAUGGGUGUACGCGGGCGGCAAAGUCCUGCCCGGACUCGUCACCCGUCGCGCCAAUGAAAAGGCACUGUUUCUCCGGUAAAGUGUCAGGGUCUAUGAAUGUUGUAUAAUUUUUGUAGUUUAUUUAAGUAUUUAUUUAUUUAUGGUAUUACUGUACAAAUAUUAGUUCACAAUUCUUAUGUAAUAUAUUGUAAAUUAUAUUCUUAUAAUUAUGUCAAUAGUGUAUUCAUAUGAAUUUUGUGC